AUGGCUAGUGGAAAUAACACUAUGAGCAAGACAAAAGCCACGGGCAUUCUGUCGGAAAAUGGCAGUGGUAAUGCUAUAGAAGAUACUCCUGAACGAAAAGGAUGGGGUCGGCCGUUGGAAUUCAUAUUGGCGUGUCUCGGAUACGCCGUCGGUCUAGGCAAUGUCUGGAGAUUCCCUUACCUGUGUUACAGAAAUGGCGGAGGUGCAUUUUUUAUUCCGUUUUUGCUGAUGUUGGUAUUUGUUGGUCUUCCAAUUUUCUACCUUGAACUAUUUGUUGGACAAUACACUGGAUUAGGACCAUUAAAAACAUUUGGAGCCAUUGCUCCGUUCUUUAGUGGAGUUGGCUACUGCACAUUAGUUGUGAUGACCAUUGUACUAAUUCAAUUUAUGGUUAUCAUCGCUUGGUCCAGUUUCUACACAUUUAUGUCAAUUGGAGGAAAUAUAGAUUGGGGAUCGUGUAAUAAUACUUUCAAUUCUAUCAAUUGUUUCAGUGGUUCCUACGACCAAAAAUGCAGGGAGAAUAAUACAGGGGAUGCUACAGAUCUUACAUUCUAUAUGAGACAUUGUAUGAGCAUUGGCAAUAUAUGUGAAAUUACAGGAUACCAACCUUAUGACGGAAACUAUUGCUGGGAUGGUAAUGAAACCGUUCCUUGGUACACAAACGUGACAAGAAUUUUAGCUUCAGAAGAAUAUUUUAACGAAGAAGUUUUAGGACGAGGAGAUGCUACUUGGGAGAAAUGGGGAACAAUCCAGUGGCACUUAGUUGGUUGUCUCGCAUUUUCUUGGGCCAUCGCCUUCCUAUGUGUUAUAAAGGGGGUACAAUCAGCAGGAAAGGUGGUCUACUUCACGGCACUGUUCCCGUAUGUGAUGCUGACAGCUUUAGUCAUCAGAGGUGUUACAUUAGAUGGAGCGGUAGAUGGGAUACUGUUUUACUUGUCUCCAAAAUGGGAAACAUUAUUGACAGCUCGAGUCUGGGGUGACGCGGCUUCGCAGAUCUUCUAUUCUUUCGGUGUUGCCUGCGGCUCUCUAGUGACCUUGGCUUCCUAUAACAAGUUCAAUAAUAACUGCCAUACCGACGCAAUAAUCGUCAGCUUUACAAAUUUCUUUACGUCACUUUACGCGGGCUUCGCUGUCUUUACCGUUCUCGGUUUCUUAGCUCUUCAGAUGCAAGUCAGCAUUGAUGAUGUGGCGCGAGAUGGAGUUGGGCUAGCAUUCGUUGUGUACCCUGAAGCGCUACUUCUGAUGCCUGUACCACAACUUUGGUCAAUCCUUUUCUUCUUUAUGUUAUUUGUUCUUGGCAUGGGAAGUCAAUUUGCUGGCAUCGAAACCAUUAACACCUCUAUUGUCGAUCAAUGGCCACGUCUCAGGAAAAGGUAUUGGUUGGUAACCGCCGGUACCUGUUUCAGUUGUUUCCUCCUCGGGUUACCAAUGUGCUUCAGUGGAGGGAUAUAUUUGUUUACACUAUUGGAUUGGAACACUGCAUCGUGGGCCAUUCUAAUUAUUGGCAUGGCUGAGGCCACAUCGGUGUCCUGGAGCUACGGUAUUAACCGCGCUAUGCGGGACUUGGCUUCUAUGGAUAUGAAACUCAAUGUAGUACUUCGGUAUUACUGGAAAUUCGUCUGGACAUUGACCGUGCCUGUGGCGAGUAUUGCAGUAUUAAUCUUCGUAUUCACGGGUUGGACACGACCACAAUACGAAGACUACGUAUUCCCAAUGUUCGCUGAUGUGCUCGGCUGGUUAGUUGGCACAUCGACAUUGGUCUUCUUACCCGUUGGAGUGUGUUGGGCUUUAUGGAAAGGAUAUCGUGGUAAAGAGCUAUUCACACCAACACCAGAUUGGCAACCACAAGACAAGAAAUUACAACCAUUGAUAGUUAGUGAUGACAUGAAAUUCAACGGAACCGAAAACUCUGCAUAUGUCAAAUAGAUAUUUAUUUACUACAACUGUAUUUAU